UAGGAGAUAGUGGAAGAAUUUGGAACGAUGGCUGAUAAGUCUAACCAGAAGCCUCAUCUCAAUGUGGUCAUCAUUGGCCAUGUAGACUCUGGGAAGUCCACCACCACUGGUCACCUGAUCUACAAGUGUGGGGGGUUUGAACCAAGAGCUCUGGAGAAGGUGGAGGCAGCUGCUAAUCAGAUUGGGAAAGGAUCAUUCAAGUUUGCUUGGAUCCUUGAUAAGCUGAAAGCAGAGCGGGAACGUGGGAUAACUAUUGACAUAUCCCUGUGGAAAUUCCAAACUAAGAGAUAUACUAUAACCAUCAUUGAUGCUCCGGGUCACAGGGACUUCAUUAAAAAUAUGAUCACUGGAACCUCUCAGGCUGAUGUUGCCCUCCUGGUUGUCUCUGCAGCCACAGGCGAGUUUGAGGCUGGUGUUUCUAGAAAUGGGCAGACUAGAGAACAUGCCCUUCUGGCUUACACCAUGGGAGUCAAACAACUCAUUCUGUGCGUCAACAAAAUGGAUGUGACUGACCCUCCAUACAGCCAGAAGCGGUUUGAAGAGGUUGUAAGAAAUGUGACGGUUUAUCUAAAAAAGAUUGGUUACAACCCAAGUACCAUACCCUUUGUUCCUGUAUCUGGGUGGACUGGCGAAAAUGUAGCUUCUCCUAGUCUGAAGAUGAACUGGUUCAGGGGAUGGAAAGUGAAACGAAAGGAAGGCUUUUCUAAAGGUCAGUGCCUUCUGGAGGUUCUGGACUGUCUCGUGCCUCCUGUGCGGCCAGCCAACAAGCCUUUAAGAUUGCCUCUUCAAGAUGUCUACAAAAUAGGUGGAAUUGGUACUGUCCCUGUUGGGAAGAUUGAGACUGGAAUUUUGAAACCAGGAAUGACAAUCUGCUUUGCACCAUCAAGCUUCACUGCAGAAGUGAAGUCCAUAGAGAUGCACCAUGAGCCUGUCCAGACAGCACUGCCCGGUUACAAUGUUGGCUUCAAUGUAAAGAACAUUGCGGUUAAAAGCCUCAGACGUGGUAACGUAGCUGGGAAUUCAAAGACUGAUCCACCAACUGAGGCCUCCACCUUUACUGCGCAGGUGAUCAUUCUGAACCAUCCUGGAUUUAUUAGGGCUGGAUAUUCACCUGUGAUAGACUGUCACACUGCCCAUGUAACAUGCCAGUUUACUGAGCUUCAAGAGAAGAUUGACCGGAGAUCUGGCAGAAAUCUGGAGGACAAUCCUCUGGCUCUGAAAUCAGGAGAUUCGGCCAUUAUAAAACUGAAGCCUAUCAAACCAUUCUGUGUGGAACGCUUCUUUGACUAUCCACCUCUAGGGAGAUUUGCUGCACGAGACUUAAAGCAAACGGUUGCUGUUGGGGUUGUGAAGUCUGUGGAGCGGAAGGCUGGGUAUCCUGCUCGACAAGCUCAAAAACCAGUCCUAGUGAAAUGAGUGUUCUGCAUCCCCAACUGGAAGUACCCAAAAUUGU